UGCCUGACAUGCUUGGACCUUCCACACUGUGACGCGUCCUCUUCCUUGCAUAACAAUCCCUUGACCGAAAGUAACUUGUGCAAGAUUUCCGACGGCGGAGGCAGAACAAGGUACGCUUAGGAUACACCUCCAGGUAACAAGCAAUCACGAACUCAUCAAUCAUUGAUUGCAACGUUUCAACCUUAAUGUUCGUUUGGUUGUCCGUUUGGUUACUUACUUUUACUGCUAGAUUUUGAUUGAAUCUACCGCCCAAGUUGCUGUCAAUAGAAACUACGGGGAGCACGGUUCACUCCGCACUUUACGAUACUUGAUGAAGAAUCAGAGCGUAGAAGCCCUUGGGAAUUAGCUAUCAACAACAUUCGGUGUUCAAUGCAGACUGGGCAGCAACCAACUGGGAAGGCGGAUCUUCAAUUUAGUUGCGAUGUGCAUUUAAGAACGGAACGCCUUGGGGCCACUCUUUGAAGCUUGACUUUUGCCUGUCAUGCUUCUCAAGGGGGUUCAAAUUGUUGUAGCGUUUGCUAUCCUUGCGGUCGCCCAGUCACCUCAGUGUCGAAUUCUACCUACCGAUUCUUCGUGGCCAGCUCAGGAUGUAUGGGACGCCUUCAAUAGCACUCUUGACGGCCGUCUCAUCAAAACCGUCCCAAUUGGCAGUCCUUGUCACGACCCGACGUUCGACGAGGCACAAUGCAAGGUUAUUCAAACUAGUUGGCGAAUUCCCUCGUUCCACCAACCUAACCCGUCGUCAAUAAUGGAUCCCAACUUUCUCAAUAAGAGCUGUGAUCCCUUCGAUCCACGAGAUACCCCCUGCCGAAUCGGUGCAUACGUACAAUACGCGGUCAAUGUGUCCUCACCUGAACAUGUCAUCAAAACCAUUCAGUUCGUGAAGAAACAUAACAUUCGGUUUGUCGUCAAGAAUACUGGACACGAUUACAUGGGAAGGUCGACGGGAACUGGAGCAGUGUCGGUUUGGAUGCAUAACCUCCAGAACAUUACAUGGAUUCCCGAGUACAGGUCAUCUUAUUACACUGGUCCUGGCUUCAAAGUUCAUGCGGGAGUUCUUGGUAUCGACCUAGCUAAGGAAGCUAGUCGAAAAGGUCUCGUUGUCGUUAGCGGCGAAUGUCCGACGGUUGGCUUUGCGGGCGGAUACAUCCAAGGCGGUGGCCAUUCUGCUUUAAGCUCAGUCUAUGGAUUGGCUGCCGACCAAACUUUGGAAUUCGAGGUCAUCACGGCUGAUGGCCAACUUGUUCAUGCCUCUCCCACGGAGAAUGAAGACCUCUACUGGGCACUGAGUGGUGGGGGAGGUGGUACCUACGGGAUUGUAUGGUCUGUUACCAUUAGACCUCACCAAGACCUCCCUGUCUCGAUCGCAUCACUCAAUUUCACAUCAGAAGAUAAUACCCAAGAUGUCUUCUGGCAGGCUCUCAAUGCGUAUCAGGCCAGUACUCUGAAUCUUACGGAUUACGAAGUCUUUGGUAUCGCACGAUACACCAGCAAGCUUUUUAGCUUAUACCCGAUAUUUGCAGUAAACAAGACCUCUGAAGAACUAUCGGCGCUACUGAAACCGCUACUCAACACCCUGGAUGGGCUCGGAGUCAAAUAUGUCUCGGCAGUCCAGUCCUAUCCCGGAUACAUUGAAGCCUAUAGUUCUAUCUCGUUUCUCACAAAUUUCCCGGUUGCGGAUGCACUUAUGUCGUCGCGACUGCUCCCCAGAUCUCUCUGGGAGGAUGUGGAGACACUUAAGAACGUUCAAAAAACGAUCCGAGCUAUUGUGGACAAUCCGGGAGUUAAUAUAUUUGAAAACGUUAUGAAGGCCAUACCGGAAGCUGCUGGUUAUCCCCAGAACGCCGUCUUACCUGCAUGGAGAAAGGCAGAAAGACAUUUUGUAUUCUCCCUGUUGCUGGAGGAUGGUGAAUCUAUGGCGCAGAUGCUGCACGACCAAGAGACGUUAACGAGAAAUUUUCUGCCGGCUGUGAAAAGUUUAACGCCGGGUUCAGGAUCCUACCUUAACGAGGCCGAUCCAAAUGACCCUGACUUCAAGGACGCGUUUUAUGGUCCAAACUACAAUAAGCUGCUGGCUAUCAAAGAUAAAUGGGACCCUGACCAUAUCCUGUACGGAUCCAUUGCUGUUGGAGGGGAUCGGUGGCGUCAGACGGAGGAAGGCAGGCUUUGUAGGAGUCAGUAGCAUGUUCAGACUCGUUCUUGAAUCUGUUCCCGUUCCAGAUUACAGAACAAGGCUUUAGGCUUUUAUGGUUAAUGAAUGGAGGGUGACGUCUGGGUUUUGAGCCUGA